CGCGUCCCGCCGACCUGCGCCGCCUGCUGGCGGGCCUGCUGCGCCGCGCGCUCGCAGGUACCACUUACUCUGCAUCUGUCUGGUGAACACACAGUAUCAUGAUUUUAGUAAUCUUAUAGCUUUAGCCAAAUAGAGGUUUAACCUUAACACAAUCAUUGCCAUCCAAUUUAUAAUUUUUGCGGUCUCCAACUUACCUCUUUUGACGAGUGAGUUUUGAUGCCAACGUGACAGCGUCAUUGUAAGUAUUCGUGCGCGGAAAGAUAGUGUUUAUUGAUCGUUGGUGGCGCGGUGCGUGUGUGAGGUGGUGUUGUGGGCGACAUGGGCUAUCUGCUGGAGAGAUGUCCCGUAGUGCACCACUGCUGCGGACUGCCGCUGCGCGCGGCAGCGCUGGGAGUGGCCUUGCUGGGGUUGUGUCUGGCGGCCGCGUACCUGGCGCUGUUCAGCCAGGCGGGCGCGGGCUGGGUGCGCGAGCUGGCCGGCGGCGGCAGCGUGGCGGCGGCGCUACGCUACGUGCACGGCGUGCUGGGCGUGCUGCUGGCGGCCCUGCACGCGCUGCUGCUGCUGGGCGCGGCGGCCGAGAGCGACGCGCUGUGCGACGUGUACGCGUGGGGCAUGCUGGCGUGCGGCGCGGGCGCGGUGGCGGGCGCGGCCACGCUGGCGGGCGCCGCCGCCGCCGCCGCGCGGCGCGGGACGCAGGCCGCGUCGCCGGCGCUGCGCGAGGCGCUGCACACGCUGCGCGACGCCUGGCCCGAGCCGCGCUCGCUGCUCAGCCGCUGGUGA